GAAAAUCAGAAGGAAUACUCUAUUCCGCUGGACGUGAUGGUGUUAUUGCCUCCUGGGAUUUGCAUCUACCAUUUAGGAAAAGUGGACCAAAAAACAAGGACGCACAGAAUAAUAGAGAUAACGAGGUUUCGGAAAAGGUUGACGAUUUUAAAAGUAACUGGGAGAUUGAUGACGAAAUUGAUCUUUCCUCGCAACCUCCGCGUAAAUCAACCUUUCGUCAAUCUUUUCGAGGUCAUACGGACUGGGUCAACGAUAUAAUACUUUGUCAUAAUAAUGAAACAU